CAUGACUAGUACGUACAAACUAAACACCUUCAGCUUACUUGAGUCUAGACGACUUCAGACCCAACGACUCUUAACAUAGCGCUUUUCUGGCUACAAUGGUCGUCUUCAACCACCUGUGUACUGGUCACGACUUAUGAGUGAGGAGCUUUCUGAACACUAGAAGCGAUGAGGAUGAUAGUGGCUGUGCUGGUGCUUCUUGUUUCUGUCAGUCUGACUGAAGCAGCAGGAUGUGUGUCUACAAGUAGUCCACGCUGUUACAAAAAAUCAACUAGAGGAGAAGAGGACUUCACUUGUGAAUGGGACAAGAGAAACCCUGAGAAGAAUCAAAUACACACUGUUUAUGUAUGGAACAGUGAAAAGAAAAAUCUUCUUACACGUGUGAAUGCUGGCAAUCAAUCACAAACAAACAUUCUCUUGGAGGAACUAGGAAUCGUAACAAGAAAGACAGACAUAUGGGUACAGACACAAUUGGGCAACCUCACCUGCAAUUCUAGCAAAAUCUCAGUCAUCCUUGAAUGCAUGGUCAAAUACAGUAAACCUCAGAUUAUCAGAAUGAAUAGGUCAGCUGGAAUCCUGGAUCUCACACUGGACAAACCACAGGAUGGGAAAAGUGCUACAUAUGAGAUCAGAUGGAGGGAAAGAGACUCUGAAUGGCAGAAUGCAACAUUUGAAACUGAGCACUGGAGAAUCCCAGUUUUCAACAGUUCCUACCAGAUCCAACUGAGGCGGCAGGCCAAAGUGCAGUCACCUCUAUGUAAGGACUCACUACAUGCUCUCUGGAGUGACUGGAGCCCAGUGGUGGAUGUUCCCUUAGAAAUCAGGAACCGUCCUGUAAUACGCUGGGUACAAACAAAUCAGGCAAAUGGUACCAGGCACAUUAAACUUUCCUGGGAUGCACCACCUGCUAAUGAGUCUGUAGGGGGUGUAAGUUACACUCUAAACCUCACAGUUUGGCCCUGUAAAAAACACAACAGAAUAAAACACUCAACUGUGAAUCAAACCUACAAUACAUCAAUAACAUAUUCAAAGGCCAGGAUUUCCCUUAUUACAACUAACAAGGUUGGAAGUUCACCACAAGGGAAGCUCUUCAUUCCUGCUGUGAAACAUCUGAACUACUGUGACUAUGACAUGCCCUCACAUGUCACCAAGGCUAAUAAGAAAACCUGCUUAGAAUGGUACAAGCUGGAAGACGGUGAGACCCGACCAGAGACAGUAAACCACUCGUCCAAUUAUUCAUUCAAGGACAUUAAAAAUACGGUGGAUAAAUUUGUACGUCAUUAUUACUUUCUUCACACCAAGAGAAAGGGCCAUUAUCAAACUGCCAUUAUGUGUCCUUUUUACUCAAAACAGAAAGCGCCUAAGAAUGGUCCAGACAAUGAACAUUUGAAUAUUUCUGAUAUAACACAUGAAUCAGCUGUUGUAAGUUGGCUUCCCAUUCCUGUGGUGGAGCAGCAAGGAUUUCUACAGCAUUAUGUCAUUUGGAUAUCACGACAGGGAAACACAAAAUUCCAUAAAGUUCCAGCAAAUACAACCAGCUUCCUGAUCAAGGAGCUCCAACCAGGGGCUUCUUACACCGUCUCUAUAGCCGGAAGUACAGAAGCUGGUAAUGGGCCGAACUCAACGGUGAACUUUGAAACAAACUCUAAAGGAAAGGGCUUAUCAUGGCAGGACCGCACCAUCCUGGCCGUCUGUGUGCUUGCCCUCUUGGGUACUUUAGUCUGCUCCGUAGCUGCCAGGAGAGUGAAGCUGUUACCUGAGGUACCCAGUCCUGUGAUUGAUACAACAGAAUUCAGAUGUCCGGAAGAGCAGGACCUGAGCCAGGUGAUGGAGGAGGUGCAUGAAUUCGUUCUCCUGCUGCGUCAAGAUCUCAGCAAACCCAGGGAGAACAUGACCCCUGAGCAGAGCACUUUACUGCAAGACUUUGGGCUUGUCGUCUUUGACGAGGAAGAUGAGGAAGAUGAAGAGGGUGAAGUUACUGACUUCAGCUCUGUGAAAUCCUGUUUCUAUCCAAAUCCUAGUUACAGAGGACAGACGCUACAUCUGCCAGAGCCUUUCCACAUGACAGACAGCACUUCAAAGGACAAUGUGGACACAGAGUCCACAUACAAAAAUGGCCUGUUCUUUGAAACAAGAGUCCUGGAGUGUGACAAAAUGUCACUACAGUCGUAAACAAGCCUGAACAAACCUCCUCUAUCUGCUGCAUGUGUCUUCAGUACAAGCAGGUGCAGUCAGUUAGGGCAUCUUCAGCUUUUCUUUAAAGUGCACCUGAGACAUAAUACUGGAAAUAACCCAGUUCUGAGAACACUGUGCGAUUCUCAGCAGUUACUGAGGUUGCAAACGCAUCCUCACAUUAAAGCUUUGUUGUGGUCAGUGACAUCACACUCUGGAUUCUCACUAUGUCUAUGUAUGAAGCCAACCGCUUAUUAGUGUUUUUACUAAUAAAAUUACGGUAAUGUGCUCAUUACAUGCAGGUACCUUACUGUUCAAAAGUUUAGGGCUAGUAAGACUUCUUCAAAGAAAUGAAUAUGUUUAUUCAGCAAGAAUGCAUUAAAUUGAUCAAAAGUGACAGUAAAGACUUUUAUAAUGUUACAAAAGAUUACCAUUUCAAAUAAAUGCUGUUCUUUUGAUCUUUCUUUUCAUCAAAGAAUCCAGGGAAAAUUCCCCUCAGAAAUGUAUCACAGUUUCCACAAAACAUUAAACAGCACAACUCUCUAAAACAUUAAUAAUAAAAAGAAAUGUUUCUUGAGCACCAAAUUAUCACAAUACUUGACUUAUGGGCACAUUACAAGUAUUUAUUUUUUAUAAUAAUAUAUAAUAAUAAUCAUUUAUAGUAUAUAAGUAAUACACAGCUGAGUGGUUAUAUAUCCUGUUUCCUCUGAGGAAGCAAGGGAGGCAGUGUCUCAGAAUAUUGAUACCAUUUACCAAAAUAAAACCAUGCCAAUAUUACAAAAUAUAACAUUAAAAAAAGUGUAUAAAUCACCAAUUUUUCUAAAGAAACAUUGUUACAAUGUACCCCACAUACAGGGCAUGUUGUCACUUUUCACUUCCUUUCUUUUGAGGUAAAUAACGAAAAACGUAUGCAGUGUAAUUAUGAAACUAAGCUGUGAAAAAUGUGAAAUUAACGUGGAUAAAAAAUCAUACUCUGAACCUCACAUGGAUUUACAGAAACUGAGAGAUUCAAAAAGUGUUAGGUUGUGCCCCGCACUCCCCUAAAUCACAGUGUCUGUGAGCAAUAUUUACCCAGCUUUGAUUCCUGAUGAUUCGUAAAUUUUCA